AUGGCCACCAAGAACGCCCCGAGAACGGUCAAGGACGUCCCCGCGCAGGAGUUCGUCGUCGCCCUCGCGCAGUACUUCCGCUCCACGGGCAAGAUCUACGUGAACGGUAACAUGGGUGUGGGCGCUUUGCGAAAGUCGUACUGCGGCGCCGGGAACAGAGGCACGCGCCGUCACAAGCAUCAAAUUGGUUCCGGCUCUGUCGCUCGCGCUGUGCUCAAGCAGCUCGAAUCGAUUGGCGUCGUGGAGAAGGACACCAAGGGUGGUCGACGCAUCACGCCGAGCGGUCAACGGGAUCUCGACCGCAUCGCCGGUCGCGUGAGCGUUCCGUCUUUCUAG